ACCAACUUUCUAUUCAGUAUGAGAGUUUUACUUUGUAAAGUUUAUACAAUUUGACAAAGAAUAGGCCAGUUUCACUAAACCGAUAAAAUAAUACUGGCACUAGAACAUUAAUCUCACCAUAAUAUGGCCAAAGCCCCAAUCUGGUGUUUUAAUAGUUGCCGUUGAAUAAAGCACAGUGUAUGUGGCUGUCUGAUGUCCAUGGUCUGGGUUUAAGAGGAAAUAUGGCAGAUAUUAGGGAAUAAUUCAUACAGUCUGUUUCACAGCAUAUGCCAUGUGAGUGUGAGCAUAUGGUGAUAAUUAGCCUAAGAAAUGUACUUCAUAAGUUUUAUUUAUUUAUUUGUUUGUUUUAGUGUAUUGGAGCGUAAAUUAUAACUAACUUAAUAUAAAAGAGAACUUCUUUCAGAAGAGAAUUUCGUUUCCAUUUUUUGUGGUGAACACAUUUGACACAAUGAACACUUUGUUGUUCAUCACCGUAUUAUCAAAUAACUAGUAGUAGUUAUUUUUGCUGUGAAAACAUCCAGUAGAAAAGUGAAAAUAAACUAUGAUUUUUUUUUGUAAUAGUUAAUUAGCACUAUAAUUUAUUUUUGGUAAGAGAAUGAACCAAAAAUUAUUUUGAAAUCGCUUUUUAUUUACUAGCUUGAUAGUUGCCUUUCUAUCCAUUGCGCGGGAGCUCCGGGUUCCUCUUUGAUAUUUCUGUGUUCAUUCUGAAACAUGUUCUUUGUUAACUACAAGAGACAGGGAGGGCCAGGGAAGGGCGGGAGGUAAAAAGAGAAUGAAGUUAUAAUAGUAAUAAUCCCAGGAAAGUCUGAAGAUUGUGUAUCAGUUGUGAGAAUCAAGUCUCAGUGGAAGUAAUCAAUUACAAAAUAGAUUUCUGCAUUAGAGGCAUAGUUCAGUUACUACAGACGUUCUGCAUUGGACUUAUGCCUCACGGAGACCUAUAGCCGGGGCUUUUUUUUGCUCAUAAUCGAACAUUGUAGAGUCAACAAAAAAACAUUUAAAUAUCUCACACCGUUUUAAACAACUUCAAUCAUAUUUCAUUACCGUAGACAGGCUCACACAGUUUAGGAAACUGCAAGAUAGCAGAUGUAUGACAGAUUUCAAAACUUUUUCUUUUUACUUUAUCCUUAAAUUUUUUAUAGAUACCUGUCAUCUUUGAAAGGGUAUUUUUCAGCCAUGACAUUUCAUAGGUGAAACAUGAUCUAGUCGCUUAAUUUUGGAGUACGGGAAUUUCUUGUUUUUUUUUUACCGAUAAAUCAAGGUCAGUCUGUCAAACUAGAUAGAUAAAGGCACAUUUUGCAUUUGAUAAUUGAAGUGGAUGCAAAAUGAGAACAAACAGUGAAGGAUCCUUCUCUUUGAAAUGGCAGCUUUUGAUGUUUUAAAUAUUUUUAAUAUGUUAAAACAUUUUAAUAUGAGUUUUAAUAUGAGGGUCAUCUGAACUAGGCAUCUGAAAUGGCUAAUUUGAAAAAUGUUGGGAAUUUCUUCACAUAUUGAUGUCCAAGGAAUAUAGCAGUACUCAUAUCGACACCACCACAACACUAUCAGACAAACACACACACACAUAUAUACAAUCACUGGUAGACAUGGAACUGAAGAUUGUUGGAAUUUAAAGUCAAUACAAUAAUGAAAAAAAAAACAUGUAGACAUUGAUGUAGAAUAAAAUGGUGAUAAAAAUGAUCCUAAAUACUGCGCUCAUGUGUUAACCAAAAUGUCAACUUCAUUUUAAAAAAAUCCAUUAAAUGGGAUCAUUAAUUUCAACAUGUCAAACGUUUCAUCCAGGAUAUUGCCCAAUAGAAUGAGAUGUGCCCCACAAAAAUCCUUACAAUCCCUCCUGUAGCUAUUUUUACCUCUCGAAUCAAGCUUAGUCACGACUUGCUCUCCUGUGCCAAAGCCCCAUUCAUCAUCUGAUAUGAUCUUUGAGACUGGCUGGUGAAUGACAAACCCCUGGCAGGCAGCAACCACAGAGGUCCCGGUGGGGGAGGAGCAGUUUCUGCUCAGAUGUGCUCCCAGCAUGAUCGCUCAGGUCGAAGGACGACGUGUGAUUGGUCCUUUUCACCGCAGCAUUGCUAACAGAGCAGGAAGAUCUCUCUCUCUCUCUCAGCUAGGAGGCUGAUUGCCACCCCCCACCCCCAACAAACAAACACUACCACCUGGACCAUCAUCCCUGACAGUUGAUAAGGCAGAGAGAGGAUGAGCCGACCUGGCAACCAUUUGCCUCUGAUCAACCAAAAUGCUCCGGGCCAAGGGAUUAGAUUUGAAUUUAGAAAAGAGAGAGAGAGAGGGAGGGAAAGGGGGUAAGUAGUGACAAAGCAAGAAGUUUUUCUACCAACUGAAAAACAGAGAAGCAAUUAUAUCUCCGGGAAUCAUCUCUGCUGUCAGUCAGCCAGCCAAAUGUUCUCUAUCGGAUGUCUGUGGUGAGGAAGAUGUCUCCACACACCCCCUUCACGGUGUACGCAGCACGUUUCCACAGGGCCUCAGGCUAGCUGCAGUGUUUGCUGGGUAAUGUGAUGAGAGAAGUGGUGCCUCUGUUGCCGCGGGCAACCUUGGCGGAGGUGUGAACACAGCGGUAAUUGACAUGACAGACAUAUCAAAGUAUUCUUAGUCUGUGUAGGAAGUUGCAGUUAAUCAGCAAAAAUAUCUUUCUGUGUUAUUUUUAGUUUCUCUAGAAGUCAACUAAUGCCUUUGGAAAGUACAAUUCCAUAGCAUGUCAACUGGCCAUAUGUGUUCAGCUUGUCUGAUUACCUUGUAUGAACACUUUCAAAUUUGCAAAAAAAAACAAAAAAACAUUUUUAGUGAAUAGAGGGAGUUAGAUUCUCCUCAGCAACCAGGGGAUUUUGGUUCUUUGGAUUCACCAUUAUAAUCCAAGCUACAAACCAUUCCCAUUAAGGAUGCACUUGUUUCCUGAGUAUUGGGGUCGUUCCAUGUAAAAUCUACCAGCAAACCAACUAGAUUCGAAACUGAAUCAAUUCAUUUAUCUUUAUGUUUGUAACAUGCACUCUGAACACCUGUUCUCUGAAAGUAUUUAGGGGGUUGAAGACCAUCUAAAAAAAUAAUUAAUCUGUCCAAAUGAUGAGAAAUGAUGAGGUUUAUAUAGACAUCAUUAUCAAUCUUAGUAUACCUUUUUUUUUUCCUGCUGAUGUGAAGAAGCAUUCCUGAAGCAUUACUUGAAAGAACUGGAAUAACUCAGGGGCAAUUUGGGGUAAAAAUCUUACCGGAAGACCCAGCGCAAUCACAAUUUCUCGGAAAUGUCAUGUUCAGUCGGCACAAACAAGUCUAUUCCCUCGUACUAGGUUGAGUCAGUGAAAAAUAUGAAACCUAGAGAGAGAGCUUCACUCCUUGGUGUGAGUCACACUCACACAUCAGCCCACAAUUUUCAAAGCAAUUUACAAAGCCUUGCUAUUUCGGUUCCUUAAUCUCCCGAAACGAUCAGGCUAUUAUUGUCUGCCCCAUUCAUAGCCUUGAGAUGUGUCUUUCCACACUGUUUGACAACAGUUUAUUCAACCUGUUGCCAGAGGUAUUUCAACAAAGAUCAUGUGGGGCGCCUUGCGAGAAGGGCACGUAAGGUAAACCAAACUCCGACGUGACAGACAUGAGAGAAUGUGAUGUGCUUCGGCUACCUCUUCAGUCAUCCAUCAUGGGCCCAAUGUGUCUGUUUGAUGAUAACACUGCGUUCUCCGUGUGGCAAGCGAUUAAAGCGAAGACAGACUCAAUGACAGCUGCAGGCUGCUGGAGCGGCGGUCCUGACUGACCUGAUCAUGCAGACUGGGGAGGAGGCUCGUCAGUCCAUAAUAUGGUGUUACUGUUAAGCAGGGCUUUGUCCCCUUUUGGCUUUGCAUUGUUUGUUUGUUUGUUUGUUUUAUUAUUUUUUUUUUUUUACUGUGAGCAGCCAGAUACCUUUGUAUGUUACCACAAUAAGCUGUAGCUUGAUUCAUAUAGCCACAAGGAAAGUGCUAUGAUCAGAAAACUGGUCCCAUGAAUUCCUCAACAGCCUUAAAAGAGUUGGUGUGAUGGGUAAAACGGAAUAUUGACCUUAGUAUUUGAAAGUGUGUCAUGUUUUAAACUGACAUAGCACACGGCUCAAGCUACUCAUUGCUACUAAUUAUGCUGAGUGCUACUCAUUUCAUGAAUGCAUGAUAAACAGCCUUCUAAAGUUGGUUAACAUGUGGAUUUAUUUACUCCAUCUUUCCAUUUCAUUCAGUUUUUCAGUUAUCAUUUUAAAGAUCAAACAUAGUUUACAAAUGGUAGAAAAUGAUAUUACCCAUACCUUUUAAACUGAACUGAUCUUCUAUCGGCCUACAGAUAGGUCACAUUUCUCUAGAUAAUGGGGAGAACUUGGAAAAGACAUUAUGUUCUUUAUGUCUCCAGGUCCCUUGCGUCCUCUGUCAACCUGAUUAACAUUCAGGACAGGACUGUUCAUAUGUAUCAUACAAUGUAACAAGCUUGUGUGGACUAAUAUCAAUCCCAUGAAUGUUAAUUAGAGAUUUUUCUCCCCUCGAUGUCCUCAUUUGACACCCAAACACAACGGAUUGUGCACUUUUUUUUCUACAAAGACUAUCUGAGGACAGCGUUUUUCAUGGAGGCCGCCUGGAGGAAGGCGUAUGAUUUACUGGGGAGCUAAUCCAUGGCACAAACACAAGCAUUGUAAAUGCUGAUGCAUUGCAUGUGUGAUGAGGAUUAAUGAGGUAAAAAAUUGGUCUUUGUGUACAGUAUAACUUGUUUUUACAUGCCAGCAUUAUUGCCUUGUUUUCUGCAUCUAGCUACAAACAGUGAUGUUUGGUAUAAUGCGAAAUGGAAGGGAUGUUGAGGUUGUUGACCAGAAAAUCCAACUAAAUAUUAGAAUAUUUGCUCCAGGAACACUUUUGUGAACAUUAUUUCAAUUUUAACGAAAACUAUUGCAUCAUUAUAUGUGCCUAUGAAAAAGCCUUAUAGGUGAAUAUGCAUAAACAUGAAUCAGUUAUGGCAUGGCAUGGCAUUUAUAAAUCAAACAAACCCUUUGGCAAGAGUCAUUACAAACCGCGGAGAUGAUAGAUGUGUUUUGCUUCCUUCAUCCGUCCCUACAUUUCUUGAGCAUAGUAUAACUGUUUUUCACCUGUUCCUGUGUGUGGGUGUAUGUGUUUGUGCGUGUGAGAGAGCGAGAGAGAGAGAGAGAGAGAGAGAGAGCGAGAGACUCAUUUUCACAGACAUGUAGAAUGAAAGUUGCUUCUCCUUCUGAUUAAUUGUAUUCACUCACACAAGAUUAGGUACACGCAUAUUUUUUCCAAAAUGUUGUUCUAAGAUACAUUGUGAAAUAAGGGAAUAAACAUCAAUAUACAUGUUACAUAUAUGACAUAUCCUAACCUCCAUCCUAUUCUAUGUACUUCCGUUUCUCAAAUAUUUUCCAAAGAGUGUUAAAAUGUAUUUAAAAAAAACACACAACAAUGAUGCAAUGAAGUUUAGUACAAAGAUUCCAUAUUGGUGCAUUCUCUGCUGAAAUAUUUUUUAAAACAUGUGCAUCUAGGAGGACGACACAGUAUUUAAAGAAUUGAUGGACAUUCAUAUGUCAGUGUUCAUAUGUUUUGCAAAGAUGAGUUUCAUCAGAGUUUCUGUCACAGGUGGUCUCUCUUGAGCAACAAGUGUGGGCAUCUUCCUGUGUCCUCAGCAGAACUCUGGCCGCAUUCCUUGCAUUAGACUUGCGUUAUGGUGAUUUUUUCACUCUGGAUUUCUCAAGCGCUCGCUUUCCCAUACACUAAUUAGGUGUGCAAAUCCCCCACAAAAUCUGCAGCCAUCACAAAGAUGAAAAGAAAAAUGCAUUUUAAAGGGGACUUAGCUUAAGAAAUGAAAAAUGAUCUUCCACAAAAGCAAAAGGCAAUGUUGCUGUAGUUAACUUCAACAUUGUAAGGUAAGCCUGAAGACUAUUGUUUCAAAAGCAUUAAUUUAAAGUAUGUUAGGAGUGACCUUUGACAAAGGCUUACCUUAUUACUUGGUUUCUUUUCAUUGAAUGAAUAACAAACUAUCUCCUUGGAUGCUUUAGAGGUGCAGUACCACUAAUUCAGAUUUCAAAACAAAACAUGAAUGUGUGCUAUUGAUUACUGUACAUAGGCUGUUAUGACUGUGCAAAUCAGGAGCUAUACCAAUUUCAUUCAUCCAAUUAGUCAUUUCCACCAGUCAGGUGAGGUUUAAAGUACAUAAUCAUAAAAGGGCGAAACAGAAAACCACUGAAUAGGCAUACAAAACAAAUGGACAUAAACUGAAUACCCAUACAAUUCCGUAAAGACAACAUAUCGCCAAUCAAUUAUAUCCAAACAUACAUGUUUUGUAGUCAAAAUGCAUGUUUUAAGCAGUUUUAUCUAAGUGCAGACUUUAUGCCGUUUUACAUUAUCUGUGGCGGAUGUAAAGGCUAGACUUUUCUGAAUGUGUUAAGCGCAAACCACGCGCACUGUACAGAGCGUCCUCUCCUCCUGCUGCGCGAGUAAAUGAAAUGGCGCGUAGAGGGUUAAUGCAAGUCAACAGAGUUUCUUAAAACAGGCAGGUGUCCUGCCAGUACCAACCCAACUUUACGACAGAUGUUUUUGAGUUUCUUUUCAGAACUCAGAAACCAUUUAUAACUGUCAUUUGCGCGCAAGGACGAGUUAUGUGGUCAGGCUAUUAGCCUAUGCCGUUAAGAACAAGCAGUUCGUUUGACAGUAUCAGAGUAUAAAUACCGCGACCUAAUCUUUCAAACACUUUACAACCUCAGAACAGAACAGAAUUUGGCUUGACCUGACAUAGCUGCGACUACAACUAAGCCUACGCUGAAACAGAGAUUUUGCACUGAUUGAGCUUAUUCGAAAACUUCACUCACAUCUUAAAUUAACUUUACCUCUUUUCACGUAAAUAACCACAUUUUUUUUUUAAGUAUUAAGACAAUAUCGAUUUUCGAAAGAUGUGGUGGAUGCUGUUCCCUUCUUGGAUUUGUUUUUUGGCUGGACACUACGUGAUUUUCCACAUGAAUGACCGCGUGAUGGCCAUGACUUUGCCUAGAGUUACGUACUCUCAUGCGGGCAUCUGUCCCAAUGACAUGAACCCCAACCUCUGGGUGGAUGCUAUGAGUACCUGCACGAGAGAAUGUGAAUCAGACCAGGAAUGUGAAUCGUUUGAAAAGUGCUGCUCCAACGUCUGUGGAAACCGGAGCUGUGUGGCGGCCCGCUACAUCAGAGAGGGGAAUUCGGGUCCCAUGGGGAUGCCCAAGGAGGCCACCUGUGACAAGUUCAUGUGCACGCAGCAGGGCUCCGAGUGCGACAUCUGGGAUGGCCAGGCGGUGUGCAAGUGCAAGGACCGCUGUGAGAGGGAGCCCCAUUUCACCUGUGCCUCAGAUGGCAUGACCUACUACAACAAGUGUUACAUGGAUGCCGAAGCCUGCUCCAAAGGCAUCGCUCUGUCCGUGGUGACCUGCCGCUUCACUUGGCCUAACACAAGCCCUCUGCCUGCGGGCACCACCGCCCGCCCCACCACCCCUCUGCAGCAGCUGACCACCCCUGUGGACCUCCAUGCCCCAGUCUUGGUGGGCACACCUGCCCACCAGUCUGUGCAUGUCGGGGAGACAGCCAGCUUCCUGUGCGAGGUGGCAGGAAGGCCUCGGCCGGAGAUCACCUGGGAGAAGCAGGUGGAAGGCGCCGAGAACGUGGUGAUGCAGCCCAACCAUGUGCGCGGCAACGUGGUGGUCACAAACAUCGGCCAGCUUGUCGUCUACAAUGCAAAGCUCCAGGACGCCGGUAUCUACACCUGCACCGCUACCAAUACGGCUGGCUCCAUCCAGGCCCACUAUCCCCUGUCGGUGCUCCAGAAGGAGCCGUUGAAGAAGGAGGAGGCGGCCAAUACCACCCGGUUUCCCGUCGAGGAGUGUCUGAAGAUGCCUGACAGCGAGAACUGCGGCGAGGAGAAGUUGAGCUGGUACUACGAGGCCAAGAGGAACAACUGCCUCACCUUCACCUACGGCAGCUGCGCAAAGAACCAGAACCACUUUGACUCCUACGAGACGUGCAUGCUGUCCUGUCGGCCCGAGCUGGGCGCCCCUUGCGCCCAGCCGAGCCUCCAGGGACCGUGCAAGGCCUACGAGCCGCGCUGGGCGUACAACACCGCCCUGCACCAGUGUCAGUCCUUCAUCUACGGCGGCUGCGGUGGCAACGAGAACAACUUCGAGACCAAGGAGGCCUGCGAGGAAGCCUGCCCCUUCCCCAAGAACCAGCACUGCAAGCCCUGCAAGCCACGGCACAAGAUGGUCACCAGCUUCUGCCGGGCGGACUUCGUGAUCCUGGGCCGCGUGAUGGAGAUGACGGAGGAGCAGGAUUCGGGCCAUGCCCUGGUGACGGUGGAGGAGAUCCUGAAGGACGAGAAGAUGGGCCUGCGCUUCUUCGGCAAGGAGCCGCUGGAGGUCACGCUGCAGAGCAUGGACUGGUCGUGCCCGUGCCCCAACGUAACCUCCGCCGACGGCCAGGUCAUCAUAAUGGCCGACGUGAGCAACGGCAUGGCCAUCCUGCAGCCGGACAGCUUUGUGAGCGUCUCCAGCGUACGGCGCGUGCGCAAACUGCGAGAGGUCAUCAACAAGAACACCUGUGACAUUUUGAAAGAGUUCAUUCAGUGAGACUCUGCUUGUGAUUUAUGCAUUGCAUCCGUAAAGAUUAUUUGUUGUGUUUUAGAGAUAUAUCCCACAAAAGAAUGGUCCUUAGCAUUUAUACUCAGUUCAUUGAAAACGAAAUACUCAGUUGAGUUGAUUGAAAACUAAAUACCUUUUUUUUAUUAUUAUUGUGAUUUGUUUUCUUGUCUGCAUUAACCCUUGUACAUCUGCAAGCUUUUUUUAUAAUCUCGUAGAUUGUUUGUUUCCACAAAACCUCUGAACAAUGUUGCAGGUCAGGAACUGUACAGCUUAUGUAAAAGUAUGUUCACAGGAAGCAUGUUUAAGUAUCCCUCAUGUUAGAACGAAAGAACAUGUUUGUGGACAUAGGAAGCAUUAAUCAAAUCCAUGUGUGUGCUCAAACCCCUGGGAGAUUGUUCCUCACUGUUCUCUCUCCCCCUGCUUCAAAAGGCACCCCAUGCCUGCAAUAUAAAUUUAAGUUGUAGAGGCCGGAUCUUUUAAGGGACCUUGCUGGAAAUGAAUUCUUUGUUGUGGUUGUAAUUUAACAGAAAAAAAAUCAUAUUUUUGUAAUAUCCAUUUUUUUAUACUUUCUUUCUUAUGGUACAUCUCACAUUUGGCCUGUUCGAAUAGAGGACGACUGCAACAUUUGUAAUAUAAAGUUAGCUUUUGAUGAUGAACUUGCACAAGUUGUAUUAUAUUUUCAGUGAAACCUACCAUUAGAGAGCUUUUUUACCCUCGAGCAAUUUGCUGCUCUGUUUAGAUUUGAUGUAAAUAUAUAAAUUAGCUAGCAAAGGCAAAGGCAGGUAGUUCAUCGUGUUUGCUGUAUUUAUUUUGCCUUUUUCCACUCUCUGGGAAAUUAAAAGCAUAUUUAUCAUUUCUUUAGUAUAAUUCAAGCACAUACCAUAUAAACAUUUCUUGUGAUAAUGUAAACGUUAUAUAUGUGUGUAUUUAUGUAUAUUGUUUAAGCAGAACAACACUCUAGUAGUAUAAAACCUCCCUUGCUCCCUCCCUUGCUUUGGACAAAAGCGUCUGCUAAAUGACUAAAUGUAAAUAAAAUAAAAUAAACGUUUGGAUUCACUUUUGUACUGCAGCUUGAUUUUUACUUCUUUUCUUAAUUUAUAAUUUCUUACUUACUGUCUGUCUUUCAUAUCACCUACCGCAUACAAAUAUCAUUGUCAAAAUAGUGCCACCGUGCCAAGAAUACCAGACAAAAAUGUCAUCAGAAAAAGCAUCUGUGAAUGUCAUCAGUGU